AUGAGCGGCGGCGCGUCUGCCCCCGCCACUCCGGCGGCAUCCACGCCGACGGCGACGAGGCCUCGCCUGUCGAGGUUCCGCCGGGCCGGCAGCGCCGUCGCGGCCGCCGCCCCGGGAGGCUUCCUCCACCUCUCCCUCCUCGCGUCCCUCCGCCGCCGGCCCUCGCUCCAGGCGCACGCGCAGCUCCUCCUCCUCGGGCUCCCGCUCCCGGCGCACGCCGCCUCGCGCCUCCUACGCCCGCACCUCCGCUCGGGGCACCACCUCGCCUCGCUCCGCCUCUUCCUCCGAAUCCUGCGCGACCGUCCCAAACUCCGUCGCUCCCUGGAGACGCAGGCGGAGGCCGUCCCAAACUCCCACUCCCUCUCGGCCGCCCUCGCGGCCUGCGCCCACCACGCGUCCCCCUCCCCCGGGCUCUCCGCCCACGCCUUCCUCGUCAAGUCCGGCUACGCCUCCGACCUCUUCGUCGCCAACUCCCUGCUCCACUUCUAUGCGUCCUUCGGUUUACCCUCUCUGGCACGCAGGCUGUUCGAUGAAAUGCCAGCGAGGGACACCGUAUCAUUCAACACUCUGAUCGGUUCAUAUGCGAACUCGUGCUGUGUUGGCGAUGCUUUCGGAGUAUUCAAGGUUAUGGUGGAGGGAAGAUUGCGGCCGGAUGGGUGGACCAUCACGGCGUUGUCAGGCGCAUGUGUGGGGCUGAAGGAUUUGAGGGUGGCAAAAGCGUUGCACGCGGUUGCCAUGAGAGCGCUUCGGGCUGCAGCGUUUCAGUCACAACAGGUGGCGAUCGUGCUGGUGGACAUGUAUGUGAAGUGCAGGGGGCUGGUGCUUGCCAGGAAGGUGUUUGAUUUGGCAGGGGAGAAGGCAAGGGACGUGAGGUUAUGGACCAUGAUGGUGUCAGGGUAUGCCAGGUCUAGGGAGCUCGAGAUGGCUAGAGCGUUAUUUAAUGAGAUGCCAGAGAAGGAUUUGGUCGCAUGGACGGCUCUUAUUGGUGGGUUUGUGCAGUUUGGCAGAUCUAAGGAGGCAUUGAUGUUAUUUGAGGAGAUGGAGGAGGCAGGAAUUGAGGCAGAUGGAGUCACAGUAGUUAAAGUUCUUUCAGCUUGUAUUCAGUACUGUACGUUCGAUGUUGCAAAGAGGCUUCAUCAUCGUGUGAUGCAUAAUGAGCUGAUCAGCACAGAUGCAAGACUUGCUACUGCCUUAGUUGACAUGUAUGCCAAGCAUGGGUUCAUACAGACAGCCAUGGAUGUGUUUUGUGGUGUGGAUGACAUAUUUAAGACCGUGGAGUUGUUCAAUGCUAUGAUAGGCGGACUAGCUCAUCACAAUUCUGGUGAGAAAGCUAUUAUGCUUUUUGAUGAAAUGAGAUCGCUCGGGCUCCAUCCUGAUAAGAUCACUUUCACGGCAGUGUUGUGUGCAUGCAGCCGCGGUGCCUUAGUGACACAAGGGUUUGAGAUAUUUAAUUCCAUGGUGGGCAAGUAUGGUGUAGAACAAGAUAUUAAGCAUUAUGCUUGCAUGGCUGAUCUCCUUGCAAGAGAUGGACGGCUUGACGAUGCUUACCGUUUUAUCCAGAACAUGCCUUUCAAAGCAAAUAGUGUGGUCUGGGCUUCUCUUAGGAGAGAAUGUGAGAUCCAUGGAAACAUGAGGAUUGGAAAACUUGCAGAGGAGGAACUACUUCGGUUUGAUCCUAGCUACAGGCCUGAAAGCGAAAGCCUCGUCUUGUCUGACAUAUUUUCAGAUGGAAGGAAACAGAAAAGGUCUGCAAUGGUGAGAAAGGUUAUACGCCUCAAACCUAAGCACAAGCGUACAAAGUAGCAGUGUAGGUUUUUCAGACACAAUAUGAGUGGGGGAAAGACUGCACCCAACAUAGUGAGAUGGUUUCUGUAGCCUUUGGGUUGCUAAAUUUAUUCUAAGGCCCUAAAUGCCAAUAAAAAUUGUCAGUAAUCUUCGGAUGCAUGCUGGUUGUCAUUCUUCUUUCAAGUAUCUGUGAAGAUUUACAGAAGAGAUAUUUGUUUGAAUGAUGGAACCAGGCUCCAUCAAAUGAAACAAGGGUCAUGCUCUUGCAUGGACAACUGGUGACGCUAAUGCAAAUAUUCUGGACAAACUAUGGCCGUUAUGUUCACAAAUUGCAGGCAAGCCUCUCUUUCUUUUUUGUUCUUUUCUGUGCAGUACAUGCGUAAACUAAUAAUUAAUUUAAAAUGUUGGAGAUCCAAAACAAUCCACCUGUUAAACAUAAGUGAGUUGAUCAAAACCAACAACUCACAAUUUAGUGCAGAUUGACAGCUGACCUAACUCUGUCAGAAUAAUAUCUGAAGACUCCAUGGUCAAUGUGUUGUUUAACUGCAGAAAAAUAAAUGAAAACACAGAGAGAAGCUCACAACUGCUUGUUGCAAUGGCAAACUACUGACUUUUCUUAAUCUAUUUUUAAUUUUAUGUGUUUUCAUAAAAACCUGUAUUUUCAAAUUACUUGUACAAUUUUAGACCUGCAUUUUAUUGCGUUGCCUUUUUUUCAAUAUUGAUGUUGUUCUUUUUUCGCUACUACUGAUAAUCUAAGUCAGAUUGACUCGAACUAAUUUCUUAUUAGAAGCUCUCCUUUUCACCCACAAGAAUGUCAAGAAGGUGAUGACCAACCACAACAAUAGCUACCUUUUCGUUUGUGCUCCACCUUUGUGCUCUCUGUAUAUCAUACUACAAUCACACUCUUUCUGGAGAAUCAAGUAUCACGACCAGGCUUAAGACAAGGUCUAAAUGAUCAUGGCAAAGGAACAAUACGAGAACAACAUGUCAAAGACUUAUGUUCUGAAGGUCAGCAUGCACUGCCAGUGCAAUGGUUGCAUCAAGAAGAUCAACGACGGGGUGAAAGAGAUCGCCCUUUCAGAAGGGGUGGAGAGGGCUGACCUGGUGGCGGAGACGGCAGAGGUGAUAGUGGUCGGGAGAAUGGACCCAGAGAAGCUCUGCUGCUUGCUGCAUGAACUAACGCAGAAGCAUGUGAAGAUAGAAACCAAAAGAGCCGUAUCUGAAGGAGAAACUGCAGCUUCUCGGGAAACCAAGAACCGCUUUGGCCAGGUUACUUCCGGCUUGUUCGAUUCGGACUUACCAGAGGAAAGCCCAGUAACACCUGUUAUGCCGAGCGCACCGCCGAUUCCCGAGGCAUGGAGGAGCCAAACCGUGCCUUCCCAGAGAUGCACUUACCGUUGGUCGCUACCUUUGCCCGGCGCACUCGGCGUGUGGGCAGCAUCUGACAUCGAGGGGACAAUGGCGGUGUACGAGCUCUGAAGGCUUAUUCAACAGCACAGUCAGCAGAAGCAGGCUGCACUCUGUCGUCACCUUCGUUUUGUGCUAGCUGAUUUGUUGUCACGCAAGUAUUUUCUGCCAAGAGCUUUAACCUGCGUGUUCUUUGUUUCUACCCGUGGCUUAAUGACACGGGCAUGCUCUCUUUUGCUUCGUUGUUAAUCCGCGAUGCUUUGUACAAUCAUCAGCAUUGCUUGCAUCAAUGCGGGUUAGAUUGUCAUGUUGUGCAAUAGUAAAUAGGAAUCCAAGGGAGAAGUGUAGGAACCGGGCAUGGAAUCCCAUGUCCUACGUGUCAAUGGGCUGGCUGGACGGCUGCUCUGUUUUAUUGCUGCGAUGAGUUGUGCAAGUAAAUUUAGUCUAAUGCCCUAAAAUACCAGUAAAAAUUGUCAGUAAUCUUCAGAUGCAUGCUGGUUUUCA